UCAUUGCGAGUUGGUGGUUUGUGUGUGGUUGCGUGUGUUUGUCGCUGCUCUGUUUGUCUUCUUCUUCUUCUCUGUCGAGCACGGAUCGACAUCUCAAUUUUGCUCGUGGCCAAGCUUCCACGGAACUUUUGUGAAAAUUUUCAACGUUCGCUUCGAAAAUUUGCAUUCAAGGAUUGGUAUAUUCCAUUUACAUUAAAGUAGUUAGUGCAAAAACUGUAGAGCUUUUGCAUUUGUAGUAGAGCCGCGUGUGCAAGAUGCCAUCCAGCGAUCCACUGCCGCCCAAGGAGAGUGCGCUCUUCAGGAAGCUGUUGAAAUGCUACGAAAUGAAGCAGUACAAAAAUGGGCUGAAAUUAGCUAAGCAGAUUCUGUCCAACCCUAAGUAUGCAGAGCAUGGAGAGACUUUGGCGAUGAAAGGCCUAACACUCAAUGGUCUCGGGCGCCGAGAAGAGGCGUACAAAUAUGUGCGUUUGGGACUGCGUAGGGAUUUACGUUCUCACGUCUGCUGGCAUGUUUAUGGUUUAUUGCAGCGCAGUGAUAAGAAGUACGAUGAGGCGAUUAAAUGCUAUCGUAAUGCAUUGAAGUGGGAAAAGGAUAAUCUUCAAAUCCUCAAGGAUUUGUCGUUGCUGCAGAUACAAAUGCGCGAUCUCGAAGGCUAUAAGGAAACUCGCCACCAUUUAUUUACUUUAAGACCCUCGCAACAUGCCAGCUGGAUUGGUUUUGCUAUGAGUUAUCAUUUAAUCGGUGAUCUUGAAAUGGCCAAUAGCAUUUUGGAAACCUUUAGUCAAUCGCAGGCAUCUAUAGAAACGCACGAUUAUCGACAUUCAGAACUACUGCUCUACCAAAACCAAAUUCUUGUGGAAGCGGGCAACCUUCAGCGUGCACUAGAUCAUCUGCGACAGUACGACAGUCAAAUUGUUGAUAAGCUGGCCGUACAAGAGUCAAUUGGUGACUUGCAUAUUAAACUCGGCCAACCUGAAUUGGCUGUGCCGAUCUUUGAAGAGCUUAUCCGUCGUAAUCCGGAGAAUACACUAUACUACUCGCAAUAUUUUGCUGCUCGGGAAUUUGCUGACCCGACAGAUAAACUCAUUGCUUUCAAACGAUUUGAGGAAAUUUACCCGCGAGCUAUGUGUCCAAAACGUUUGCCAUUGGAUGUCGCAAGCGGCGAUGCAUUUCGUUCUGCACUGGAUUCAUAUUUACGUCGUGGAUUGCGUAAAGGGGUACCGCCAUUAUUUGUAAAUGUGCGCGUAUUGCACCGCGUGCCUGAAAAGGCAGCAAUUAUUGAGGAGCUGGCGCUACAAUAUUAUGAAAACUUGUCUCGUUCAGGACAUUUUUCAAGGGAAGACGCCGAUGCUAACCUCCCAAUAGAGCCAGCGUCCGCUCUAGUUUGGACUGCAUUAUUUUUGGCGCAACACUAUGACUAUAAACGCGAUACGGAUCAUGCUCUGGAAUACGUUAACGCUGCCAUCGAUCAUACACCUACGCUUAUUGAGCUCUUUAUGACCAAGGGUCGAAUAUACAAGCAUGCUGGCGACCCAAUCGAAGCCUAUAUGUGGAUGGAUGAAGCGCAAAGUAUGGAUACCGCGGAUCGCUACAUUAACUCAAAAUGCGCAAAGUACAUGUUACGUGCCAAUUUGGUAAAGGAGGCUGAAGAAAUUUGUUCGAAAUUCACACGUGAGGGUGUAACUGCCAUGGAGAAUCUAAAUGAGAUGCAAUGUAUGUGGUUCCAAACGGAAUGUGCACUGGCUUAUCAGCGUAUGGGUCGCUGGGGUGAAGCGUUGAAAAAGUGUCACGAAGUAGAUCGCCACUUUUCCGAGAUUAUUGAAGAUCAGUUCGACUUCCAUACGUACUGCAUGCGCAAAAUGACUUUGCGCGCAUAUAUCGGACUAUUGCGACUGGAAGAUGUGCUACGUCGCCAUCCUUUCUACUAUAAGGCGGCGAAAUGUGCCAUAGAGGUGUACAUUCGCUUAUACGACAAACCACUUAAAUCGGAAGAAACCAUUGAAGAAAUCGACUCAGAGAAUCUCCCGCCAUCUGAGCUUAAAAAACUGCGCAGCAAACAACGCAAAGCCAAGAAGAAAGCCGAAAUUGAAAGCGCACAAGCAGCACAAGCGCAAGUGAAGCGCGAGCAGCAUCAGAAAUCCAAGCAGCAGGCAAACCAGGAAGCUGAUCCAGAAGCGCCGCAAUUGGAUGAGCUCAUACCAGAGAAGUUGGAGCGACCGGACGAUCCACUCGAUAAGGCCAUUGAGUUCCUUAAGCCCUUACAACAACUGGCCAAAGAUCGUAUUGAAACGCAUUUACUGGCAUUCGAACUGUACAGUCGCAAGAACAAAAUUUUACUAAUGUUGCAAUCCAUAAGACGUGCGAUCGCCAUUGAUGCCACCCAUUCAUCCGUGCAUGCGUGCAUAGUUAGGCUGGCACAAUCAUUGCCUAAGCUGACAGCAAACGGAGAGUUGAAUGCGAGCAUUAAAACUGUCGUUGACAAGGCCACCAAAGAACUGAUAGGAACAAAGAGUGUACAACAGUUGAAUGAUGAGUUCGUGGCGGCAAAGGGUGCUUCUAUAAUGCAUCUGUAUGAGGGUGCACGUGUCAUGUAUGAAUUGGAGCCAAGUAAAAAAGAUACCGCUAUUAAGUUGAUUACCUCAUUUGACAUUAACAAAGUUAAGCUAGAAGAAGCCUCAAAAAUCUACGAAGCGCUGCGUGACGGCGAUUUUGGUGAUUGCGAUGUGGAGUUGAGGCAAUAUAGAGCAACGUGCCAGCAAAGAUUUAAGUAUGCGCGCAUCUUCAAGGACAUUGUGGAAACACAGACCUCAGCUGCCAAUGAAGAAAAUCAUGUAGAUGAAAAACUAAUACCGAAUGCUGUAUCUGCUGAAGAGAAGACUGUGGAUUUGUAAUACAACUGCAAUAUGCAUAUUAUAUGCAACACAACAACACAUGUUUAAACAAUAUUUACAACAUCAACAACCAGAGCAAAACGAACGUGGCAGCCGUAACACCAAUUUAACCGCUAGAUAACAUCUAUGUAGAUACCUACAUUUAUAAAUUCAUACACAUACACAUCAAUAAACGCUAAAAUUAAAAUUUUAAGCUGAAUGCGUUGACUAAAAUCGACAUAACCGUAAGAGGAAAAAAAUGAAUGCUCGAACAAUGAAACUAGUAAAACAUUCGAGGAACCAUUAUAUCAGCGCUUAAAGCAUGCGCAAAUUAGCAAUUACAAUAAAUACAAUAAUAUAAAGCAGAUUUAACUUAAAUACUAUAUAUAUGCAUGAAUAUUUGAUUUGAAGCAGUUGUGGAAAACCAUAUGCAGAAAAAUAUGCAUACAAAUCAAAAAAGCAGAUAGAGAGAGGGUGAGAGAGAAAAUCAAUGCAGAAGAUCAGCAGUAACUACAAAAAUCACAAAAUGUCUGCGUAUUAAAUAUUAUAUGUUAUUUUCUAAACAAAAUACAUUGUGUAUUUCUAUUGUUACUACUCUUCCCUUUAUUUGUAUUGAAUUUACCGAACUCACUAAAAUUUAUGAACUUGCAAGUCA